CGAAUAAAUUUGCAACGUGUGUUGGUUCCGUGACCAUGUCCCUUCCCACCAACCCUCGCCCGUGCACAUCAGUGAGCCAAUGUACGAGCACGUUCCUUCCCAUCAAUGUACUGGACUGGCAUCAGAUCAGCCAGCGAGAGUUCUCAGCGCCGCAGCCAACCACGGCAGCAGCGGCCAUGCAUGUCACGUGGCCGCUGCUCACGUAUGGGGCUGCGCAACUAAGAAUCACCUGCUGGCGACUUGCCACGACCUCAUUUGACCACCAGACGCACAACGAGCAUACCACAACAAAUGCCCUCUCCUGUGUACGCGAUGCAGUCAAUCACUCACAGACGAACGCACCCACCUACCUAUCCACCAUGAAUGUAUCUUAUCGACAAUCGCGUCCCACCCACCCCCACCAAGCCACUACGGAACUGACUAUGGCUGCCCUAAGGGUCUGUUAGGGGUUGUUUCCCAACAAGUAGUGGAGCUGCUUGCUGGCCUCGUUGUUGACCCAAGGCACCACGUCGAUGACCGCUGCGGGUCGCUGAUGGGGUACCUGGCGGGGUCGCUGGUCUGGAAGGCGUUGUUGAGCAUCACCGCCUCCAUCGUAGAGUGACAUCAAAUUCCUACGCAAACGCACGCAGAUCAGCCUGUUUUGUGUGUGUGUGUGUGUGUGUGUGUGUGUGGGUCGGUGGGCGGGUCAUCGUUACUCCGACUUCCUCUCACCAUUGGCAGUUGAACAGCAGCCUGACGGCCUCCCAGCAGGUCUCUGCUAGUAUCUCCCGGCCCGCAUUGAACGCCGCCAUGACGAUCUCCAGCUCCUGGGACCGCACCGCCCCCUCCUUGGCCGCCAUGAGUGCGUGAGAUACAUGGGGAGGUGGGGAGGGCUCUUCCAACUGACUGACCAGCGAGUGACAUGGGUGGUCUUCGGUGCGUCUGCCGGGGGCAUGGGAUCUACCUCGAACGCCAUGUCCUCACCGUGAGGUCUGCGCCGCAGCCGCAAACCUGAUAUCGAGGCGAAGAAACACAACAGCUGUGCGCAAAGCCCCUGCGGAUGAGUUUGCAUCUGUGCGUUGUCGCGUACCAUCAGGUGCUGCUUAGUUGAUGCGAAGAGAUCUGCGCUGGGCUGCGCGAAACUUGCG